AUGGCGACCUUCAACUCCCAUCUUGGAGUAUCGGAGCGCGACCUUUCCUCAUCCUUGUCACCGGAGCGAGCGGCCCCGAGCUCAGAGGAUGACAGGACUGGGGGCUCUACUCUAGAUCCAGACUUUUACAAGAACCUUGCCGACAAGAGGACAACGCGUGAGGGGAACCCGCCCAAGAAGCGUGGACCUAAGCCGAAUAGUAAACCUGCUCUCACAAGACGCCAAGAACUAAACAGGCAGGCUCAGCGAACUCACCGAGAGAGAAAAGAGCUCUACAUCAAGGCACUAGAAGAUGAAGUGCUCAGGCUCAAAGAGGUCUUUAGCAACGUGUCUCUGGACCGAGAGAGACUAGCCGACGAGAACAAGCGUCUGCGGGACCUCUUGACCCAGGCUGGACUUCACUAUGGCAGCCCAUACGCUGCAGGGAGCUCUACGAGCCAAGGCCCUGGUUCGUCUACUCCCCUGACCUCGCGGUCAACUGCACCGUCGGUUUCUUCACCGAUCCAGCUGCCUUUGGCUGUCAACCAAGGCAAUACGUCUGGCCAGCAACAGCAUGACACGCAUCACACCCUAAAUCGGGGAGGUGCUGACAUGGAGCAGGCAGGCAUUGAUUUCGUUUUAACCCUCGAGAGACCUUGCAUGACACAUAUCCAGUACAUGGUCGAGAGAUCCGCCGAGCAUGACGGAGAACCAUGUGGCCAUGCACUUAUGGCAUCGUGCCCCCCCGGCCCGUCCCCAGACUCGAUGCUUGGCUGUCCAUUUGGGAAGACUCACGUUCCGUUAGGCAGCGAGCUGAACCAAAAGACAUGGGAGGUGCCAAGGGCCGACCUUGCAACUCUACUAAAUCUCAGCAAGAGUUUGGAUCUGGAUGGUGAAGUGACUCCCAUCAUGGCGUGGGUUAUGGUCAUGUCCCACCCCAAGGUGAUGGAACUCUCGGCGGAGGACUUUCGGAAGCUCGGAGAGGAGCUUGUCCGAAAGGUGAGGUGCUACGGUUUUGGAGCCGUGAUGGAGGAGUUUGAGGUGCGAGAUGCUAUGGAUAGUGUGCUCGGAGGUAAGGACACAGUGAUGUGCGGAUAG